AAUGGCGGGUGGGCUGUGAAAUUAUCGACGCUUUGCGUUUUGUAGUAAUUUUAAGGGUUUAAAACUGUUAUUUGUAAUCUUACUAUGUUCUAUUAGUGUUACGAAAAUGGAUUUCGAUGAAAUUGUAGUAAAAGAAAGCCCCGGCUUGUGCCGGUGUUGUCUUUCUGAGGGAUGCUACAAGGACCUUGGAUCGGAAUAUAGUUGGAUGAGUGAAACAGAAAUUUACGCUGAUAUGUUGCUGGAAUGCUUUGAUAUUAGUAUAUCUCAACACCCGACGGGCCCGAACGGCUCCAACCGACUGAUAUGCGAGGUGUGCAUCACGCGACUGCGGGACGCCUGCAACUUCAAGAAGCAGGUGCUGGAGUCUGAGAAGAAGUUUGUGGACAUGGUCGGUCGCGGGGAGUUUAGGCCAAAAGUGCUGCUGUACCAGACACAGAUGAAGACUGAACAUGUGAUGGAUCUCGAGGAAGAGACCGGAGGUGACGAUGGUGGCGAAGUUGAGUAUCUGGAGGAAGAUGCGGAUUUCGUUGAAGAGGAGCUCCUCAAAAACGAAGACUAUGCUGAGGCCUCCGUCUCCGAAGACAUCACAGUGUCCACCCUAGCGGUGAAGGGCAAGCGAGGCCGGCCCAAGAAGUCCGCAGCCAAGCCCGAGAAGAAGGCUAAGGUGGCCAAGACUGAAGAAAAGCCGAAGAAAGCUGUUGCUAAAGAUGAAAUUGGGCUGAAAAACGUGAAAAGCACCAAUUAUCGGAAGAGAAGAAAUCUACAAAUAAUUUUCAACAACACCUCGAUGAUACCGUUCAAAUGGCGGCAAAAAUAUCUCUGUUUUUACUGUGGCGACGACGUUCCCGACUAUGACGCGCUUAGGACACACACCAGGGCUCACGGGCCAUGCUCGCUCCGCGACCGCGCCGUCGCUCGCGUCUCGGGAGCCGAUGUCGAGGUCAAGGUCGACGUCUCCGACAUCACGUGCCAACUCUGCAACGAAUCUUUCCCAACCUUCGACGACAUAGUCUCCCAUUUAAUACACAAACACAACUUGCCCUACGACAAACACGCUGACCUUCUCAUUGUCAAAUAUCGACUCGCCGAUCUCAAAUGCUUACUUUGCGACGAUAGCUUCAAUCAUUUGGGCAAACUCAUCGUUCACGUUAACAACACCCAUCCUCAAAAAGUUCUAUCCUGUAAUGUCUGCCAUCAGAAAUUUAAUAAAAAACGGGACUUGACAGCCCAUAUCAGAUCUUACCACAAAAAAGGAGGCUACACUUGUAACAUGUGCGCUAUUUCAUUUCCCACCAACUGGGGCCUCAGUAAUCAUAAAUCAAAGACCCACGUGUCUCCUUGUAAUAUAUGCUUCAAAAGCUUCUCCACGUCCGAUAAGCGACUAAAACAUAUGAAAACAGAACAUGUAGGUGAUAGUUUAUUCCAGUGCGGAUUUUGUUUAAAAACUAUGAAUACGAAACAGGGUUUUUUGCGACACGCAGCCGGUUGCACUUCCGCGAAAGACGAUUCCAAGUCGCAACGUAUCAUCGAUGAAAUCGUGUCCGUAGACGAUACAGAUAGGAGGCCCAAGGUCAAACAGGUUAGGAAUAACAUCGCGUGUAUCCUCAACAUGUCCACGGCUGUACCGUUCAAACAUUUCAUGAACAAAUUCAGAUGUUUCUAUUGCUCCAGACAUUUUAUAGAAUGUGAUGAACUCAAAGAACACACUAUGAUCGAGCAUCCUCAUUGCGAUUCCAAGUACAAAUCCAUGAAAUUACGCAACAGGGAGGACAUUUCACUCAAAAUAGAUAUAUCUUCGUUAUCUUGUAAAAUGUGUUUUGAACCUAUGACCGAUUUAGACCAUUUGAUAGACCAUCUAACCUCCGAACAUAAGGCGCGUUUCGACAAGUCUGUAGAAAUGAAUAUUCAACCGUUUAGACUUAUAAAAGACAAUUUUGCGUGUCCAUUUUGCGGAGAAGUGUUUAGAUACUUUAGCACACUGUUAAGGCACGUUAGUAUGGCCCAUACGGACAAUAAAAACAUAUGUAUGUACUGCGGGAAAUCAUUUAGGACGAAACCAAAUUUACGAGCGCACAUAGCGCGGCGUCACAAGGUAGGCAAGAUUUACAACUGUGACGCUUGCAAACUAGAGUUCAGGAGGAAGGUAGACCUGCGUCUGCACAUGGGCCGCGUCCACGGCGACAAGGUCGUCGACUGCCCCGAGUGCGCGGAGAAGUUCGUCUCGCAGUACGCGGUGCAGCGCCACCUCAUUACCGCGCACGGCUCCGGCCACAAGUGCACCUACUGCGGUAAACUCUUCACCAGAAACUCCUUCAUGGACAACCAUAUCAGGCGUACGCAUCUCAAAGAGAAAAACGUGCAGUGUUCCCUCUGCAACGACAGAUUUUUCGACGCCGCCCUCCUUAAAAACCAUAUGGUGAAACAUAUAGGGGAGAGAAAUUUCCAUUGCGACGUGUGCGAUGAAUAUCCGCACCGCCCGUACGACAGCUGUACCUCUCAGCGGCGGAGGAAAAAUUUACAAAUAUUGUUCAAUAACACCUCCGUGAUGCCAUUCAAAUGGAGAGGCACGUACCUAUGUUUCUACUGCGGGAAAAACUAUACCGAGUAUCCGGAGUUCAGAAAGCACACAAAGUCGCACGGGCUCUGCUCUACGAACGAUUACUCCCUUAAAAUAAUCAAAGGGAACCACAUAGAGAUCAAAAUCGACGUCUCUGAUAUAGUUUGCGAGAUCUGCUGCGACCCUUUUAACAGUUUUGACGAAGUCGUCGAACAUUUGAACUCCAAACAUGAUCUGAGAUACGACACUAGCGUGCAAAUCCCGUUCCAGCUGUACAGACUUUCCGAUUUCCGAUGUUUACUCUGUGACGAGCAGUUCAGCUACUUCGGAUAUUUGGUGAAACAUGUGAACAGUGCUCAUCCACAGAACUGCUUCAUAUGCGACGAUUGUGGACUUACAUUCAAUAAGAAGAGAGACCUCGCUCUGCAUUCGAGAGACAACCAUCGCCAGGGAGGGUACCCGUGUGACCAAUGCACUAGUAACUUCAAAACGAAAGGCAUGCUCCGGAAACACCAAAACACAUUCCAUUUCAGAAAAUGCAAAGACUGCUCUUUAACUUUCGCGUCUCAUAGUCUACUACAAAAACACAUGCAGCUAGAUCAUCCAGACGAUGGCAGUUUAAAAUGUGUAUAUUGCGCAAAAGAACUGCAUUCCAAGCAGGGUCUAAAACAGCAUCUUAAUAAAUGCGAAGUUAGAUUACUUUCUCAAAUCGAUGCCCCUCUACCCAGUAACGCUUUUGAAGAGUCGUACGUCGAGCCCAGAAAGAAACAGAACAUUUUACAAAUUAGGGAAAACAUCCAAUGCGUACUCAACAUGUCUACCGCUAUACCUUUCAAAUUCUUUUCAAAAUAUUCUUGCUUUUAUUGCUCUAAAAAGUUUGUCGAAUUUGACGAACUUAAAGAACAUACACUGAGAGAGCACCCGGUGUGCGACGUCAAAUCUAAAUGUAUGAAGAAAUGCAAAGGUGAAAGGAUAAAUGUUAAAGUAGAUGUCGCCAAUCUGGCCUGCAAAAUAUGCUGUCAGCCUAUUGACGACUUAGACAUAUUAAUAGAUCAUUUAAUAACUGACCAUAAGGCUAAUUACGACAAGUCUUUAAAACGUUGCUUCGAACCUUUCCGUAUAAUCAAAGACAAUAUGCCAUGUCCCCUAUGUUCCGAUAAAACAUUUAGAUAUUUCAGCACCCUUCUAAGACAUAUCAACUCUGAACACAGCAACAACAACAGAAUCUGUGAUUUCUGCGGACGUAGUUUCAAAAAUGUCACCAAUCUCAAAGUUCACAUCACUUAUGCGCAUACCGGUUCAUGCGAAUGUGACGUAUGCGGGCUUAAAUUUAAAAACCAAUGGUGUCUCGCGCGACACAAGGCUAAAACCCACAAUGCGAAAGACUACAAGUGCCCCAAAUGCCCCGAACAGUUCCAAUCUCAGUACCACAAGCAGAAACAUCUAAUAACGACCCACGACAUCGGCCACAAAUGCUCUUACUGCGGCAAAAUGUUCACAAGAAACUCCUUCAUGAAGGACCAUAUCCGUAGAACGCAUUUGAAGGAGAAAAACGUGCCUUGUUCCGUGUGUAACGAAAAGUUCUUCGAUAACUAUCUCCUUCGCAUGCACAUGGUUAAGCAUGAGGGAGAGAGAAAGUUCAGCUGUGAAGUGUGCGGCAAAGCGUUUCUUAGACGAAGUAAUCUCAGUUCACAUAUGGACAUGCAUAAAAAAUACGGCCAUGUUCAGGUUUAGUUCGAUCUCAUUAAGCGCAUAAUAACUGAUUUGAAUAAGUUUUAGUUCAAAUUGCGAGUACAAUUAUUUUUGUAUUUGUAAAUGGAUUAGUUAAUAAGGUGAUCGUCUUCCGUUUAAGUAUUAUAUUCGUAAGAGUUACAAUAGUAUUUUGUGCAACAAGGGAGGUAAGGGGGAUUUUGUCAACGAGUGUUAAUAACUCGCGACAGCCGCAGGCUGGAGAGAGUUAUAGACACGAGUUUACAAAAUUCUUACCUCCUGAGUUACACACAAUAUU